AUGGGUUCGCCGCGCGGUCGCUCAGCCGGAUCCAACGGCACGUCGGGCUCGCGCAAGCCCAGUGGGCGAGUCAAGAACCCCGUCGACUACGACGAGAAGCGCCGCUUUGCCGAGCUCAACGAACAGAUCGACGGCGAUGAGCAGGCUGCCAUCGCCAACGCCAACAUGAGUGAGCUCGACGAGCACUUAAAUAAUCUAAGCGAGUCCUGGGAGACCGAGUCUCUCUUUGCCGAUGCCAUCGAGGACCUGGCCGAAGAUCGCUUCUUUACCGAGGACCCUGAGGCCUGCACACCCGACGAGGCCAUCAAGUAUCGCCAGCUACUGCGCGCUCUGGGUCCCGAGGUCUUUUGCGAGAGGACCAUCGGCUCCGGCGCCAUCACGGCCAAGAAGCUGCUGACCGCCUUUGGCAUACGUCCGCCCGCCUUUCUGGAGGGCUGCGAAGACGAUGCCUACUACGCCCUUCUCAGCCUGGCCUUCACCAGGGAGCUGUCCAAGCGGGCCAAGUUGACCAAGUACAACACGGUCGACGACGCCGUGGCGCUCCUGCACAAGUGCAACAACAUCAUCGUCCUCACCGGCGCCGGCAUCUCCACUUCUCUCGGUAUCCCGGACUUCCGAUCCAAGGGCACCGGCCUGUACUCCAAGCUUGAGCACCUCGGUCUGAACGACCCCCAAGAGGUCUUCGACAUCACUGUCUUCCGCCAGGACCCGUCCAUCUUCUACUCUGUCGCCCGCGACAUCCUCCCCAACCACGACCGCUUCACCCCGACCCACGCCUUCAUCAAGCUGCUGCAGGACAAGGGCAAGCUGCUGACCAACUACUCGCAAAACAUCGACAAUCUUGAGGCCAAGGCCGGCAUCUCCCGUGACAAGCUCGUCCAAUGCCACGGCUCUUUCGCCACCGCCACCUGCACUAAGUGCGGCCGCAAAGUACCCGGAGAAUCCAUCUUCGCCCAGAUCAAGGCCGGCGACAUUCCCCGCUGCACGGCGACCCCUAACAGCGGCGGCCGCAAACGCAAGCUGCAGCGUGAUGGCACCGAAAAGAAGCCCCGUCGUCGCCCGGGAGACUAUGAUAGUAACUCCGACUCCGAGUUCGACGCUCGAUCUAUCUCUUCCGCCGCAGGCGGCUCGUCCGGCUCUAACAACGUCUGCAACGGCGUCAUGAAGCCGGACAUUACCUUCUUCGGAGAACCCCUUCCGGACGAAUUCGGCCGGCGCCUAACCGAACACGACCGCGACCGGGUCGACCUCGUUAUCGUCAUCGGCACCUCCCUCAAAGUUGCCCCCGUCAGCGAGGUCGUUCCCUAUUUACCUCCCCACAUCCCCCAAAUCUACAUCUCUCGCACGCCUGUGUCGCACGUGAAUUUUGAUAUUGACCUCCUCGGGGACUGCGACGUUGUCGUCGCCGAGCUGUGCCGUCGAGCCGGGUGGGAGUUGAAGCAUGAAAUGAUCCCAGAUGACCAAAUCGUCGAGAUUGAGUUGGCCGAGGGGUAUGAGAGUAGGCAUAUCUUUACGCAGGUGCAUCCACCGCCGAGGAAGGUGGAGGUUGCGACGUUGAGUAUUGAGAAGGAGAAGGGGGUUGCUGGGAAGAAGGAGGAUGGUGAUACUGAGAGCCGAAGUGCGAGUGGUAGUAGGAGUGCGAGCUCCAGUGCGGCAGCUAGUCCAAGUGCGAGUGGAGAGGAGAAUGGGGAGGAAUCGUCGGCGAAGGAGAAGGGGAAGGGGAAGGGGAAGGGGAGGGGUAGGAGAGGUGGCCAGGCUUAG